GGAUCUAAGUUACGCUGGAAUAAUUCAUUCGUUUUCGAAGGAGAAGCAAAGAUGCAGAUCACCGAGCGUUUCACUAUGUUUUUCGUCGUGGCUGUGGCGUUUCUCGUUGGAAAACACGCAGCCCUACCAAACAUUGGUAAAUGUUCUUUCAUAGAAUCCGCUUGCGCUUCUCGCAAAUGCACCACAUCUUUCUAUAAAGGACUUCAAAAGGACCCCAAAGGAGACUGCCUUGUUAAAUUUGACCAAGUAAAAGAAUGUAUGCAGAAAUUGGCCAAGUACUGUUUGGGCACUCAGCCAGGCAGGAGCAUGAAGAUAAAAAGAGAAUGUGCUGAUGAUCUCACUCUAAGACCGUUUUCAUCUUUGGAAAUUUUUAACUGUUCCAGCUCAGUCACCACUAAAGCGAAAGUCUGCAUGGAAACCUUUCGACGCAUAUUUGCCGCGGACAAAUCGAAUUCCUCUCUUUGCUCGGAACACGCUAAGUCGAAGAGGUGUCUUAAGAAUCUGAUAUAUACUGAGUGUACCUUAUCUCCUGAAAUGCUGGAAUUGACAGAAUUGGCUUUGGCUGACCACAAUCCUUUCUGCGCUGAUAAUCGGGACCCUGGGGCGACCGGAAAUGACCAGUGCUACGGGGUGAAAGACAUCAGUGGACCCGCCGGCAUUAACACUGAUAAACCCAUUACCACCAAUGCAGCUGCUGGCAUCAAAACCAAUGUUUUCCAGGCGUUUUUGUCUGUUUUCCCGACCAUUUGGUUCUUUUUCAGCUUUUAAAGAGAUUACUUUCGCAAUCUUUGUUUUUAAACGUACGUUUUUAGGCAAAUUUUAAAAGUUUUAGUAUUGAGCGAGGAAUUUGAGCUGCUAGCUUAUCAAAAGUCUGAAAUGUUUCCAUAUUGUUUGCCUUUUAUUUCAUUAACAAGCACUUUCUAAUUGAAAAGAUAAU